AUGAGGUCAGAGUGGGAGUCAAAGGAUCAGACACCACCCACCUGCGAUCUGCUCAGCCUUCUGCUGAAAAACAGGCGCCCCACUGGAGCUGUCAAUGAGGUUUGGCCCAACCUCUUCAUCGGAAAUGCGGCCACAGCUCGGGAUAAAACACUGUUAAAUAAUCUGGAAAUAACACAUGUAGUGAACGCUGCAGAUGGCCCACAGCACAUUGACACUGGGCCGCGCUUCUACAAAGACACCAACAUAGAGUAUCGUGGAAUCGAAGCACCAGACAGCAGAGACUUCGACUUGAGCCCAUUCUUCGUGGAGACAGCCGAUUUCAUCCAUGAAGCUCUGAGUCAGAAAGGUAAAGUUCUGGUUCACUGUGCUCGAGGAGUCAGCCGCUCUGCCACGCUUGUGCUGGCCUUCCUUAUGAUCAAAGAAAGACUUCCCCUCAUGGAGGCGGUGGAGACUGUUGGCAGGAGCAGAAACAUCCUCCCAAACGUUGGCUUUCUGAACCAGCUCUGUCACCUGGACUCAACUUUGGCUUCUGAAAGAAAAAGCACAUAAUAUCUG